GCCACCUCUUCUUCUUUUCUCAUAUCGUUUGCGUCCGUCUCACUAUGAGCUGUUCGGGAGGUCAUGUGAAAGCCAACGAGCAAGCCGCCGAGCUUCCAGUGUGGUUGAGACGAUGUGCGGCUCACCUUUAACGCCAAGUCACACGGAGUCGGUCGUGCCUUCCUUCGGGGUGCGCACGAGUUCCGAUCUUCUGCUCAGCCUCGUCACCACAGUAGCCCACGAUCCCCCAGUAACAAAGUGCUUGAUCGAAACAGCAGCCGUGGGCGACCACGAGCAAAGCACACCGACUCGCCGCCGCAGAAAGCGGACUCCCAUCACCGUCCAGCCCACGGUCAUCGGCCGAAUCGCUCCACCACUGGCUGGGCUGAAGUACAGCAAGUGCUCAAACGAGAAACUCAGGGCGGCCAUCCACUCCCGCAAGCUCCUCGAAUACCGCUUGACCGGUCCACCAAUCCGGCACAUCCUCAUCGGCAUGCUUGAGCGCAGCGAUGCUCGCAUGCGCGUUCGCUGCUUCGAUCUUCCGGCAGAACUCAGAAACCGCGUCUACGAGUACUUGCUCAUCGUCAAGCCUUGCCGCACGCAGGUUUUGGCCACCAGCCGCUUUGUACGCCGGGAGGCAACUUGGUUCCUCCACGACUCGUACAUGCAGCACAUGUCCAUGGUGUGGCGCAAGACCGCAGGGUCGGCACAGUUAGACUUUAGACCGCUUCUCUGGCGGAGCGCUUCCUGAAUGCUGAACAGUCGAAAGGUACCGUGGACGCCGAUAUCAGGUGGCCCGCAAAGCGAUCGCGUGGCGGCUGGCCUGUGUGAGGGUGACGCAGUCGGCAUUGCUGG